AUGAAAUCAUGGCGAUCCAUUGCUAUUAAAAUUAACAACACAAGUGUAUUAAACUGCGUCAGUGUGCUGUGCGAGUUCUUUAAAAAUUCCAACAUAGGAGAGCCCCUGGAGUCUGCUAGAUACAUUGUGGCCCAUGCUCUCAAUAAGAAAACUAUUAACAGCUGUCCAUCGACUGAGAAAUUAUCCAGGCCACAGUUGGAACAUGUAUCAAAGAUGGUUGAUCUCAGAUUGAAGCAAAUGCCCAUACAGUAUAUUGUUGGGGGAUGGGAUUUUUUAGGCGUUGAACUGGAUUUGAAACCACCUGUCUUUAUUCCUAGACCAGAAACUGAAAUGCUUAUCGAGUUAAUUUCUAAUAGAGGAAUCACUGAAAAUUCAAAAAAGUUCUUUGAAGUUGGAUGCGGUAGUGGAGCAAUAUCGUUAGCUUUGCUCAAAAAAUUUAAAAAUCUUACUUGUACAGCUGUUGAUAUCAGUCACGAGGCCUGCUCACUGACCAGAUUAAAUUCACUUAAAUUAGGUCUUGAAAGUCGAAUAAAUGUAAUAAAUAGAUCAUUUUCUGAUUACAUUAGAAACCCAUCUGCAAAUGAAAAAUUUGAUUUUCUGGUAAGCAAUCCUCCUUACAUCCCUACCAGCCAGUUAUCCAACCUUCAAGAUGAAAUCAAAAAUUAUGAAGAUGUAAGGGCAUUGGAUGGGGGCGAAAAAGGGUUCGAUGUGAUUGAACAGAUUCUAUCAUUGGCUCCCAAUAUUAUUAAAAAUGAUAGUUCAGUUUGGCUGGAAGUUGAUGAAAGUCAUUUUGACAUCAUAAAUGAUUACACUACUGAUAAGAAUAACUUGAAGCUGAUUGCGUUUGAGAAGGAUUUCUUACAAAAGUAUUUCACGUUUUUGGUGGUUACUGGAUAUAUCUAA